GGGGGCGGGACUUUGGCGACUUCUGGUUUUGGUAUUGGAGCUGUCGCUGCCAGCUGCGGUGAUGGCGGGGAGGGGGAAACUAAUCGCAGUGAUUGGAGAUGAAGACACAGUCACUGGUUUUCUCCUGGGCGGCAUAGGGGAGCUUAACAAGAAUCGGCACCCUAAUUUUCUGGUGGUAGAGAAGGAUACAACCAUCAAUGAGAUCGAAGACACCUUCCGGCAAUUUCUAAACCGGGAUGACAUCGGCAUCAUCCUUAUCAACCAGUACAUCGCAGAGAUGGUUCGACAUGCCCUUGAUGCCCACCAGCGCUCCAUUCCAGCGGUCCUAGAGAUCCCAUCCAAGGAGCACCCCUAUGACGCUGCCAAGGACUCCAUCCUGCGCAGGGCCAAGGGAAUGUUCACUGCCGAAGACCUGCGCUAGGCCACCCUGGCCCUGCAGCUCCCCAUACCAUGGCCAGGCCUCUCCCAGCCCCUCCCCUUCCCCUGCACUGCUGGAUGGGUGAUGCUUCUAGACCACCGGGGCUCUGCUGUUAAAAUCAGCCUACUUAGGGACAGGAUGUCCAACCAUCUUCUCCUCUACCUCUUCCCUGUGCUGUUACUCAGUGACACUGUCGAUGUUAAAUUAAAGUGAUAUUCUUGGUUCUCUCCAAA